AUAUGAGGGCCAAUAAUACUGGUAGAGAGCAAACCCCAAAUUACCCCUCUCCAAAUGGAUUCAAAAAAUAUAUUCUUUCUCUUCUCUUUCUUCUUCUUUCAAUUCUCAGUGGCUGCUAUUCAUAGGAGUAGCUUCCCAAAAGACUUCAUUUUUGGCACUGCAUCAGCUUCCUACCAGUAUGAAGGAGGAGCCAAUGAAGGUAGAAGAGGACCAAGUAUCUGGGAUGUUUACACCCAUGAACACCCAGAGAGGAUCCAAGAUCGUAGCAAUGGAGAUGUGGCAGAUGAUUCGUAUCAUCGAUAUAAGGAGGACAUAAAACUGAUGAAAGACAUGGGGAUGGACGCCUAUAGAUUCUCCAUUUCCUGGUCAAGAGUAUUGCCGAGUAAGGAAACCAAUUACCUUUGGUUAGGUGGUUUUGGAGGACCAAAUUACAUGAACUCAUUUUACACUUCUCUCUCUCUCUCAGGCUUGAAACCUUUUGUCACGAUGUUUCAUUGGGACCUCCCACAAGCACUUGACGAUGAGUACGAAGGGUUCUUGAGUCCAAAGAUUGUGGCAGACUUUGCCGAUUACGCAAACCUUUGCUUUAGUGAAUUUGGAGACAGGGUUAAGCAUUGGAUCACAUUAAAUGAGCCAUGGAGCUAUAGUGACGGGGGUUACGGCAUUGGAUUACUGGCUCCUGGCCGUUGCUCUUCUUGGAUGGCAAAUAAUUGUAGCAAAGGAAACUCAGGAACCGAGCCUUACGUCGUUGCUCAUAACCUGCUUCACGCUCAUGCUACUGCCGUGAAAUUGUACAAGGAGAAAUACCAGGAAUCUCAAAAGGGAGUGAUAGGCAUAACCCUGGUGUCUCAUUGGAUGCUAGCCCAUUCACUAACUAAUUCCAACAAUGCAGCUGCUCAAAGAGCCAUAGACUUCAUGUUUGGAUGGUACAUGGAUCCAUUGACCAGAGGAGAUUAUCCAAUUAGCAUGAAGUCCUUGGUUAGGAAAAGGUUACCGAAAUUCACAAAAGAGGAGUCAAAACUGGUUAAAGGGUCAUUUGACUUCAUUGGAUUGAAUUAUUACACGGCUAGAUAUGCUGCUAGUGUUCCAUCAAAUAAUGGGCUUCCUCCCACUUAUGAUACUGAUUCUCGUGCCAACCUCACAACUGAGAGGAAUGGAGUUUCCAUAGGACCUCAGGCGGCCUCAGCUUGGCUCUAUGUUUAUCCCCCAGGAAUCAAAGAUCUAUUGGUCUAUAUAAAGGAAAGAUACAAUAACCCAGUAAUUUACAUUACUGAAAAUGGGAUUGAUGAGUUCAAUAAUGCGAGUUUAAGUCUGAAGGAACAGCUCAAUGAUAAGAUGAGAAUUAAGUACUAUUCCAAGCAUCUGGCCUUUGUUCGCUCUGCCAUCAGGGAAGGUGUUAAUGUGAAGGGAUACUUUGCAUGGUCACUGUUAGAUAAUUUCGAGUGGGUAAAUGGUUACACAGUUAGAUUUGGCAUAUGUUACGUUGAUUACAAGAACGGGUUGAAGAGAUAUCCCAAGAAAUCAUUUCACUGGUUCAAGAAAUUCCUCACAACAUAGAUUAAUCUAAAGAAACAUUCACCAUUUGUCUCUCUCUGUCUCUCUCACACACAUAUACACUCGUGGGAGAAAAUAAAUAAAUGGUUUGAAGGAUUUACAUUAUGUUGGAGCUGCAAUGAGAACUUGAUAUAGAAUUAUAUGGAAUUUCCAUUUCUUAUUU